GCCCCCACCCUCUACCUGAACCAGAUGUCGGCCCAGCCAGGGGACUCCGUGCAGCUUAGGUGCUCUGUGCUCUCCCAAUUCCCGGCCACCAGUGUCGUGUUCUGCAAGGAUGAGGUGACAGUUUUUUCCCAGAGAGUCUCAGUGGCGAAGGCCACCUACGACUUUGACCACGUGGUGACCAGGGGCAGCUCUGGGAAUUAUGUCUGUGUCUAUGAGACCAAGGACAGCGACAACCGGGUGACCAGAUCCCAGCUCAGCCCAGCCCAGCGCCUCAGUGUCACUGGUAAUGACUCCAGCAGUGAUGCUGUCAAGGGUUCCUCCCCACCAGGUGUUGAUUCCAGCAGCAGCGGUGCUGUGCCGGGUGCAUCCCCACCAGGUGAUGACUCCAGGAUCAGUGUGUGGUGUUCCUCCUCCCCAGGGCCGGCCAUGUCCCCCAUCAUCUGUGCAGCCUGCUGCAGCCUGGUCCUGCUGCUCCUGGUGUCUGCGCCCGUCAUCACCUUCGUGCUGGAGGAACAGGGGCUACCUGAGCCUGUGGGGCUAAAAGGGGCUCCUGGGGAGAGCACCAGCAUUUUGGAGGGGGAAGACAAUGGGGGAUCCCCAUUGAGCAGCUGUGAGCAAGAGGGAAGGCAGGAAAAGAGUGGGCAGGGGAGGUACCAGAGCCCAGCUCUGAGCUGGGUGUUGGGGAGACACCAUUGGUAAGUGAAGCACAAUAGGCCCCUGCAGUGACAUUCUUUGCCCAGGUAACUCCACCGGCCUCCUUCCCCGUCCUUUCCCCACCAAAUACUUUGUCAGUCACGGACCAGGGUUGCCAAAUUUCUACUGGACAAAAACCAGACACCCAAGACCUCGCCUUGUCUCACCUUGCCCCCAAGGCCCAAGGGUGGGCAAUAAGCAGACAGCCGUCAGGACAUGGUUUGCCAGUGCUAGCCCACAGUGAGUCACUGGUGCUUUAUCUGUCUCGGCAGCCACAGAUACAGCCUCUUGCUGCUCCCUUUGGCAACCCCCUGCCCUGCAGCCCUCUGCUCAUUGCCAGCCAGGCCAGGGUCACGCUGAGCUCUGUCAGAGCUGAGAUCUGCCAUGAUUUGUGCCAGCCAGACAGUCCAGACCAGAGCCUUCCUUCUGCAUUAACCAAACAAUCCCUCCUGCCGAGGAGCCGCCUGGCUAGAAGAUAAGGCCGGGCUCCUGC